AAAGCUGGCGGGGGGGUGGGGGGAGGAACAUGGCGCAAGCUCUGUCUGAGGAGGAGUUUCAGCGGAUGCAGGCUCAGCUCCUAGAACUCCGGACAAACAACUACCAGCUUUCAGAUGAACUACGCAAGAAUGGUGUUGAACUUGCCAGUCUUCGACAGAAGGUCGCCUACUUGGAUAAGGAGUUCAGCAAAGCUCAGAAGGCACUGAGCAAGAGCAAGAAAGCUCAGGAAGUUGAGGUACUGCUGAGUGAAAAUGAGAUGCUGCAGGCAAAGCUGCACAGCCAGGAGGAGGACUUCCGUUUGCAGAACAGCACGCUAAUGGCCGAGUUCAGCAAGCUCUGCAGCCAGAUGGAACAGCUGGAGCGAGAGAACCAGCAACUGAAGGAGGGGGCUGCAGGAGCAGGGGUUGCCCAAGCUGGGCCCAUUGUGGAUGGGGAGCUGCUGAGGUUACAGGCUGAAAACACAGCCUUGCAGAAGAAUGUGGCAGCCCUGCAGGAACGCUAUGGGAAAGAAGCCGGGAAGUCCUCAGCUGUCAGUGAGGGCCAGGGGGACUCCCCAGGGGGCCCUGCCCCCACCAUCCCAGCCCCCAUGCCACUGGCAGAGGUGGAGCUGAAAUGGGAAAUGGAGAAAGAGGAGAAGAGAUUGCUCUGGGAGCAGCUGCAAGGCUUAGAGAGCUCAAAGCAGGCCGAAACAUCCAGGCUGCAGGAAGAACUUGCUAAGCUCUCGGAGAAACUGAAAAAAAAACAAGAAAGUUUUUGCCGUCUGCAGACAGAAAAGGAGACGUUAUUUAAUGACAGCAGGAACAAGAUUGAGGAAUUACAACAACGGAAGGAAGCUGAUCUCAAAGCUCAGUUGGCUCGAACUCAGAAGCUGCAGCAGGAACUUGAAGCUGCCAAUCAGAGCUUGGCAGAGCUGAGAGAUCAGCGGCAGGGGGAACGCCUGGAACAUGCGGCAGCUUUGCGGGCCCUACAAGAUCAGGUAUCCAUCCAGAGUGCAGAUGCACAGGAACAAGUGGAAGGGCUUUUGGCCGAGAACAAUGCCUUGAGGACUAGCCUGGCUGCCCUGGAGCAGAUCCAAACAGCAAAGACCCAAGAACUGAAUAUGCUCCGGGAACAGACCACUGGGCUCACAGCUGAGUUGCAGCAGCGGCAGGCUGAGUAUGAGGACCUUAUGGGACAGAAAGAUGACCUCAACUCCCAGCUCCAGGAGUCAUUACGGGCCAAUAGUCGGCUGCUGGAACAACUUCAAGAAAUAGGGCAGGAGAAGGAGCAGUUGACCCAGGAACUACAGGAGGCUCGGAAGAGUGCUGAGAAGCGGAAGGCCAUGCUGGAUGAGCUGGCAAUGGAGACGCUGCAAGAGAAAUCCCAGCACAAGGAAGAGCUGGGAGCAGUCCGUCUACGGCAUGAGAAGGAGGUGCUGGGGGUGCGUGCCCGCUAUGAACGUGAGCUUCGAGAGCUGCAUGAAGACAAGAAGCGUCAGGAGGAGGAACUCCGUGGGCAGAUCCGGGAGGAGAAGGCCCGGACACGGGAGCUAGAGACUCUCCAGCAGACAGUGGAAGAACUUCAAGCUCAGGUACACUCCAUGGAUGGAGCCAAGGGCUGGUUUGAACGGCGCUUGAAGGAAGCCGAGGAAUCCCUGCAGCAGCAGCAGCAGGAACAAGAGGAAGCCCUCAAGCAAUGUCGGGAGCAGCACGCUGCCGAGCUGAAGGGCAAGGAGGAGGAACUACAGGAUGUGCGGGAUCAGCUCCAGCAGGCCCAGGAGGAGCGGGACUGCCACCUGAAGACCAUUAGCGGCCUGAAGCAGGAGGUGAAGGACACAGUGGAUGGGCAGAGGAUCCUGGAGAAGAAGGGCAGUGCUGCGCUCAAGGACCUCAAGCGGCAGCUGCAUCUGGAACGGAAACGGGCAGACAAGCUUCAGGAGCGGCUGCAGGACAUCCUCACUAACAGCAAGAGCCGCUCAGGCCUUGAGGAGCUGGUUCUCUCAGAGAUGAACUCACCAAGCCGGACUCAGACAGGGGACAGCAGUAGCAUCUCCUCCUUCAGCUACCGGGAGAUCUUGCGAGAAAAGGAGAGCUCGGCUGUUCCAGCCAGGUCCUUAUCCAGCAGCCCUCAGGCCCAGCCCCCUCGGCCAGCAGAGCUGUCAGAUGAGGAAGUGGCUGAGCUCUUUCAGCGGCUGGCAGAGACACAGCAGGAGAAAUGGAUGCUGGAAGAGAAGGUGAAGCACCUGGAGGUGAGCAGUGCCUCCAUGGCAGAGGACCUCUGCCGGAAGAGUGCCAUCAUUGAGACCUACGUCAUGGACAGCCGGAUCGGUCAGUGCCCGCUCCCCACCCUUAGCCCUGGUCCAGCCUUCACCUGGCCUUCCCGCUCCUUUCUAUGCCUGGGCUUCUCUCCUCUCCUCUUGGAACUCAGAGAAGCUACUGACAAGACCAUGACCUAUGGAAGGGAGAACAGGAAAGUGCUGUCUCUUGCUCUCGCCUCCUCCCUCUUCUGUCUCUGUCAUCUCUCCACUCUCAUUCUCCAGUGUGUCUCUCUGUCUGCUUUCUCCUUUCCUCUCCCUAUGCCUCAUCUUCCUCUCCCCUCUCUCUCCCUUCUCUCUUCCUGUUUCUUUUUCACCCACCGCCUUCAUCUUGUCUUGCUGUCUGUAUCCAUACAUUUUCCUUCUCUGUAUCUUCAUUGCUUGUGCUUCUUUCUUUCAAACCUUCUCCUUCACAGAUUUUUCUUUAUUAAUCAGAAUCAUACCAACCAACAUGUGCCGAGGGCUUUCUGUGUGCUCUGUGCUUCACAUGCAGUCAUGUGCAUCUUUCCAGUCCAUGAGUUAUCCUCAUCUCUCAGGGCCGCAGAGCUAGUGACUGACAGAGCUAGGUUUCCUAUGUCAAAGCCUCUGCCCUACAUGGCGUGGCUUUUCCUGCUCCCUUCUCCCCUGGUAUUCGUCUCACUCUUUUCUCCUCCGGCUCUGCCUGGCUCUGCCGAGGGGGUGGUUUUCAGCCUGGGCCCUUGCAGAUGUGUCUGUGGCAGCAGGCCACACAGACCGCAGCGGGCUGGGCAGCGUCCUGAGAGACCUGGUGAAGCCAGGCGACGAGAACCUUCGGGAGAUGAACAAGAAGCUGCAGAACAUGCUGGAGGAACAGCUCACCAAGAAUAUGCACUUGCACAAGGACAUGGAAGUUCUGUCCCAGGAAAUUGUGCGGCUCAGCAAGGAGUGCGUGGGGUCUCCUGACCCAGACCUAGAGCCAGGAGAAACCAGCUAAAGACCUGCAGGCUGUACCCACCCCCUCCCCUUCCUACCCGCUAGGAUGCCAUUCCCCUGGGCUGUGGUGGGAAAAUGAAGGCUGGAGCCAAAAUCAAAUAUGUUAGGAGACUGGACAUUAAAGGGGCUAGAGGCCUGACGCUUAGUGUUAAUGAUCCUGUCUUAGGGCAGAAGCCACUGGGAAGUGGGGAUCCUGAGGGAAGGGGCAGGGAUUUCUCCUUCUCCUUGGUCCUGGCUCCCAAGGGCUUCUGCCUUUAUCUCUGCAUGAGCUCUCCUUCCCAGAGACCAACUCUUUAUUUUAUUUUAUUUUAUUUUUUAAUUUAUGUCUGGAGCCUGGCUACUCUGCAUUUGGGAUUGGGGAUGUUGGGUGGGUGUGUGGUCCAUGUUCAGCGUUCUAGCAACACGUGUGUGUGUGUAUGUAAAGGCUGUGCAGCCAAAAUACCAUCUGGCCAGACGGGCCCACCCAC